AUGGCUUUUUCUCGAUUUGCUUCCUUUAGUCCAUUGGCUGCAACACUAAAUAUUCCACAAAACAAUGAUUCCAGUCGUCCCAUGAAUCUUCCGAUAAACAAACAAAGCAUUAUUCUUCGAGAUCUUCCAUUGCUUCCCACUCCCUUAAAACCUCACCAUUAUAACAUCAACCAAGCUACCAUUUUCACAAAUAAUAGUGGGCAUGAAGAUCCAGCUAAAUUGAGGAUUUUAAAGCAUGUUUUGAGAGAAGUAGGAGAUCCUUGGGAAUGUUUGAACCUAAUUGAUGCAGCCCAGCGCCUUGGCAUUGACAACCAUUUCCAAGAGGAGAUUGAAGCUGUUCUUCAGACGCAAUACGUGUUAUUUAAUGCAGCUUCAUCUCGUAAUAAUGAUCUUCAUAAGGCUGCUCUUCUUUUUCGACUUUUCAGACAACAAGGUUACCAAGUCUCUCCAGUGUUCAAAAAUUUCUUGGACAAGGAGGGAAAGUUCCACGAAAAACUAAGAGAAGAUAUCAAUGGGCUGACGAGUUUAUACGAAGCUUCACAGUUAUGCAUGCAUGGAGAUGAGAUACUUGAAGAAGCUGAAAAUUUCAGCAGGCAUUGGCUAAAUGCUAGGGUUGCGCAUGUGGAUCAUCAUGUGGCCACUUUUGUGCAUAAUACUUUAGCUCAUCCUCAUCAUAAAAGUAUGGCGCAGUUCAUGGUGCCCAACUAUUUUGGAGAUAUUCAAUGGGGAAAUAAAUGGAUUAAUAUUUUGCAAGAUGCUGCAAAAAUCGAGUUUUAUGCAACUCAAAGAUUACACCAAAACGAAAUUGCUCAAUUUUUAAAAUGGUGGAAAGAAACAGAUUUGGCGAAAGAGUUGAAUUUUGCUAGAGAUCAACCAAUCAAAUGGUACAUGGCUUCGCUGGUUUGUCUCACAGAUUCCUACUUUUCCGAACAGAGAGUUGAACUAGCAAAAUCCAUCUCUUUUGUAUAUCUCAUUGAUGAUCUUUUUGAUGUCUUCGGAACUCACGAUGAACUCACUCUGCUCACAGAAGCUGUCCACAGAUGGGACUUGGCUGCUGCCAAAGGAUUACCAGAUUGCAUGCGAAUUUGUUUAAGAUCUCUGUUUGAAGUUACAAAUGAAAUAAGCUACAAGAUCUAUCAAAAGCAUGGUUGGAAUCCUAUUGGCUCCCUCAAAAAAGCGUGGGCUAAAUUAUGCAAGACAUUUUUAGUGGAAGCAGAAUGGUUGAGUUGUGGACAUUCACCGAGUGCAGAAGAAUAUCUGAGAAAUGGAAUUGCGAGCACCGGCAUCCCCGUUAUUUUAGUACACGUUUUCUUUCUGAUAGGCCAACAAAUAAGCAACGAAACUGUGCAACUUUUGGAAGAUGAUUUAGAUAUUGUUUCAUCCAGUGCUGCAGUACUGCGGCUUUGGGAUGAUAUGGGAACUGCCCAGGAUGAGAAGCAAGAGGGGCGUGAUGGGUCGUAUUUAGAAUGCUAUAUGAAGGAGCAUCCAAGUGUGUCUUGUGAAAGCACACAACAACAUGUUAUGAAGAAGAUUUGUGAAGCAUGGAAGACUCUUAACAGAGAAUACUUAUUAUCCAAAACAUUUCCUUCCAAGUUCACACAAGCUUCUCUCAAUGUGGCAAGGGCAGUUCCUUUGGCGUAUAAUUAUGGCAGAAACCGAUCCAUUAUGACUAUGGAAAAUAUUGUGGAAAAUUUGUUCUUUCAUGGUAUGGAGAAGAUCGCAGCCUUGAAUAGGUUCGUGUCAAGAUCGACGGACAAGUGUCUUUCGUUCUUCAAAGUUCUUAGGAAGAAGGGACCGUUUGAAUGGACGGAAGAGUGUGAGCAAGCGCUAGGGCAGUUAAAAGACUAUCUCUACUCGGCACCUCUACUCGCAAAGCCAUUACCAGGGGAAAAACUCCAUUUGUACCUAGCGGUAUCUGCUAGCGCCGUCAGCUCGGCACUGAUCAAGCAGGAGGGUGCGAGUCAAAACCCCGUUUAUUACACCAGUAAGGCCAUGACCGAGGCUGAGACCAGAUAUCCCCAAAUGGAGAAGCUGGCCCUCGCUUUAGUCACCUCAGCCCGAAGACUUAGGUCGUACUUUCAGGCGCACACUGUUAGUGUACUUACAAAUUUACCCCUCAAGAACAUCUUCCUUAAGCCUGAAACUUCAGGACGUCUGAUGAAGUGGGCAUUGGAAUUAAGCGAGUACGACAUCCAAUUCGAGCCCAGAACUGCAUUAAAAGGGCAAGCAGUGGCCGAUUUUAUCGCAGAGCUCACUCCACCACCUCCUUCAGCCAAGUCCGACCUCCCGUGGACGAUCUACGUUGAUGGAUCUUCCAACGAGAGGGGGUGCGGGGCAGGAAUCCUCUUGCUCGCACCAGGAGGUGAGCGAUUCGAGUAUGCUCUUCGAUUCAACUUUCGGACGUCAAAUAAUGAGGCCGAGUAUGAAGCACUCCUAGCAGGCCUGCGCGUUGCCAAAUGA